GCUUGCUUGCGUAGCCAGCUUACGCGAAGAGCAGACGGAAGGAAACGAGCCUGUUGCCUCAAAGGCGAUAUAUAGGCUACAUUCAGGGAACAUUUAAAGACACAAGUUCAGCAGGAACAUACACACCGUGUGUGUGUGUGUGUGUGUGUCUGAGAGUCGUUGUCCAUGGGAUUUAGGUCUUGCGAGUCGUGAGUCGUGGUGCUCUUCCUUCCAACCCGAUGUGUUGAAAUUUUCAAGUGUGCGUCUGCGUGGGGGACUGGCAGCAGAACGAGCGAGUGCGUGACGACGACGACUACGACAGUGUUGCAUGUUGAAAUAGCCUUAACGGCAUGUUAUGAUGAUGACACGUAAUCUACAUGGGUCGCUGCAGGGUCUGCGAAUAUGACACGGGAUUAUCCGUGCAGAAAGGACUGUACGUUUCGGAUUUCUGACCGGAGAGAGACGGAGCAGUUAUAUGUCUCAUAGGGAGGAGGCAUGGGGGUUCUGAAACCACGGUGACUCCAAUCCGGGCUUCCUGAUUCACCGAUUGUCGGUCCGUUUUUCCCCGUCAUAAUUUUGUUUUAGAAAAAAAUAAUAACAGGCCUAUAUUGACUGCCUAACACCGCUUGUGUUGUGCUGUGGAUCAUUCGACUUGAUCGUUUUCCUUGCGCGCUUGUGCUACAGCCUACUGCGCGGGUAUAACUUACUUUUGGAGGACGAAUCGAGAAUGGCUGCACCUUCCCCAAAGAAGUAUGACUGAGUGUGUGUAGGGAGUCUUGCCAUUGGCCUGUGUUGCUGCUGAUUGUUGACACUGGGGCUGCUCUACACACACACACACACACACACACUCAUGACGGCAAAAAUAGGCUUCCCUCCUCUUUGGAGUCGAGCUCGGUGCUUGGACAGCGGUGUUGAUCCCGAACGGGAGCAACGGUGGGCCGAGCUGUUCGAUGAGUUGGACCUUAACAAGGAUGGGCGCAUCGACGUCAGUGAGCUGCGGGCCGGGCUCGCCGCACGAGGGCUUCUGUCGCGGGGCUCCGUGGAGGAGAAGAUAGUGCGUGCUGGUGAUAGGAAUGCGGACGGCCAGCUGGACUUUGAGGAGUUCUGUCAGUACCUGCACUCCCACGAGCGCCGCCUCAGGCUCAUGUUCCGCAGCCUGGACCGCAACAACGAUGCCUCCAUGAAGGGGCGCUCCGCAGCUCUCCAUGUUCGCCCUGUUCCGCACCAUCGUGACGGAGGAGGGCCGAUGGGGCUGUACCGCGGCAUCGCCCCCAACUUCCUCAAGGUCAUCCCAGCGUCAGCAUCUCCUACGUGGUCUACGAGAACAUGA